AAUAAAACUAACACCAUUGGGGUGUGCACCAUAUUUUCAUUGAAUUCCAAGGUGAAGUUUUCUCACAAAAAGUUAUAUCAAAUCAAAUAAAUUGCUGUAGAAUUUUGUGGAGUGCAGGCGGUGUCGGAUCGUGCAGAAGAUAUUUACGGAGGUCAGGGUGUUGGAGUGUGGGCAGGCUUAGCGAUGGGCAGGUCCAGGCGCGCUCAACGAUGAAAAACAACGGGGAUAUAUACCAACGGCCACGGUAGAGGCAGACAUAGCGGAAUCACCAAGCACUGUAAACAUUAGCGUUGCAUUUUAAUUCCUGCAGAUAGUGUUACUUGGGUUUUAAUUCCUACGACAGAGGGUGUGACGCGCACCCACAAAGGACAAGGCGCGGAAAAUGCACUGAGCUCUCCCCACCCCACGUCCUGUGACACCCCCUUGUAAGCAGUAGAAGAUGAGCACCACGCCCACCCCUAAGGGCACGCCUGUGCAGCAGAGCUCCAGCGAUGGGGGCCCUAGUGAUGGGGUCCUCGAGGCUCUUGUGUCUCCACAGCACUCUACACCUGGCUCCUCCGGGCCCCAACACAAGAAACGCGUCUCCAGCCUCCUGCAGAGCCCGUCGUUCCGUGAGGAGCUGGAUGUUCUGAUCCAGGAACAGAUGAAGAAGGGAGGCAGCAGCUCCAACCUCUGGGCUCUGAGGCAGCUAGCUGAUUACAUGGCCUCUCAUGGCUCACCUGCUGCCCUGUCCGCCUCCCCCUCCAGUACAGGCAUGAUGAUGGUGACGCCCAUCAACGACCUGCAUGGCUUGGAGCCCAGCGGCAUGGUGAAGGGAGAGAGGCUGAUGCGUUGUAAACUGGCCAGUGUCCACCGCCUUCUGGACCUUUACGGCUGGGCCCAGCUCAGCCACACCUGCCUCACCCUGCGUGUCAGUAAGGAACAGGAGCACUUCCUGGUUCUGCCCAAUGGCCUGGCCUAUGGUGAGGUCACUGCCUCUAGCCUGGCGAAGGUGAAUAUCCUUGGGGAGGUGGUGGAGAGGGGCAGCACCACCCUGGGGGUAGACCUGGAUUCCUUCAGCCUCCACUCAGCCAUCUAUUCUACCCGGCCAGACGUACGCUGUCUGGUGCACCUCCACACCCCCGCCACUGCCGCCGUGUCCGCCAUGAAGUGUGGCCUGCUGCCACUGUCCCACGAGGCUCUGCUGGUGGGUGAGGUGGCGUCCUAUGACUACAAUGGGCUGAUGGAGAACGAGGAGGACCGGGUGGAGCUUCAGAAGAGUCUCGGGCCCACCUGCAAGGUGCUGUUGCUUCGAAACCAUGGCAUCGUGGCCCUGGGGGAGUCAGUGGAGGAGGCUUUCUACACCAUCUACCACAUACAGGCUGCCUGUCAGAUCCAGGUGUCAGCAUUGUGCAGUGCUGGAGGAGAGCAGAACCUGAUCAUGCUGGACCGCUCCACCCACAAACCCAACGCUGCAGGCACCGUGGGCUGGGCCGGAUCCACCUUCGGCCCCCUGACCAAGAGUCGACUCGGGGAGCACGAGUUUGAGGCUCUCAUGAGGACUCUGGACAACCUGGGUUACCGUACCGGCUACGCCUACCGCUUCCCCGUGCUGCUGGAGCGCUCUCGGACACGGAGGGAGGUGGAGGUCCCUGCCACAGUCCACUCCUUCCAGUUUGAGGAGGAGGGAGUGCACCCGUUACCCCGCCAGCACCCCUACGCCCAGCGGCAGCAACUGGAGAAGACCCGCUGGCUCAACACCCCCAACUCCUACCUGAGGGUGAACCAAGACCAAGCCAGCCCCGGACACCAGCGCACCACAUGGCUAAAGACAGAGGAGAUGCAACAAGGAGCCAUCAAGAUUGAGAACUCAAAUCAGUUUGUUCCUCUUUUUACCAACCCUCAAGAGGUGCUGGAAACACGAAAUAAAAUCCGGCAGCAGAACCGUCAGGACAUGAAGACAGCAGGACCCCAGUCCCAAGUACUAGCCGGUGUCAUAACGGACGGUAGUCCACUGGUCCAGAAAAAACUGCAUGUUGCUGUAAAAAAGGGUGUGUUCUCAGUCAACAAAAGCAUCAAAGUAAAGUCUCCAGACCCGGCAGAACUUGCGACACUUGAGGCGGAGACCCCCAACCCGUUUAACCAGCUGACAGACAAGGAGCUGGAGGAGUACCGCAAGGAGGUGCAGAGGAAGGCAGGAGGUCAAACAGAUGUAGGGGAGGAGGUGGAGAACGAGAAGGAGUCUCUCCCAGCUACCCCCCCCACCAGCAACCCUACCCCCUGCAAUCCCCCACCCUCAGGGCACCCCUCUGGUACUGAGAUCUUGUCUCAAUAGUAAGUAAGUACUGAGAAACAAACUGUAAGACAUGGUUGCACUCUCAUUAACCAAGCAUGUUUUGUUGGGCACAACUGCAAUGACAUGACAUGUCUGCAGUGAAGGGUAGAGUGGGGUAAGUUGAGCCAAAAGGGUAAGUUGAGCCACCCUUUUUUCUCGGAAACCAUACCCCAAAAAUAAUUUGACCAAAUAUUUAGAAAGAGGUCAUCAUUUCAUGGAGUCUGUGAAGGAAGAAACAACAUGGAAAAAGUGGUAAGCAAGUCUAAUUCAUUUAUUGUGUCAGAAGUUCCAUGAUGCUUGCAUCUAAACCAAAGUAGAUCCUUUUAAGAUUGUUGUACAUCAGUUGGGGUCUCUACAAGCUUCAAUAUGAGGUCUUAAACAUGUGCGAGCAAAGUGCAUCCUUGUAGAUGUGUGGGCUAAUAUAUUCAAAAUGUUUCCCUUGGGUUUAGUUGAGCCAGUGGGCAUGGGGUAAGUUAAUAGCAAGUCGAGCAAAUGUAAGUGUUUUCUACCCAGGCGUAAUGCAAGGCAUUAUCGCUGGGGUAUGAGGUAACAACAGGGCCUGGCCUAUUUAAAAGUGUUUUUAAACAGCACAAAGCGUUUAUUAGGUGUUAAGCCUGUGUUAAAAUAUGCUUAAAAUGAUUUAAAGACAAACAGGGAUUGUGUUGAAUUGGGGGAAAUAAAGACGGUAAUAUUUAAAUCAGGGCAGAAGGUGGCUUAACGUACCCUGUCCUGCAGCUCAACUUACCCCAUACCCGUAUCACUUUUUUGGGGGGGGGCAAGCUGUGUUUUUACAUGAAUUCUGCUUAUUUCCAGGGAUACACAACAUCCUGAAAUAUAUGUAGGAAGGAUGUUUUUUUGCAUGCUCUACAGACGGCUAUAUCGAUGGUGGGGGUUGUAUAUUUUCUGUGUACUUCCCGCAUACUAUGGACUUACUCCACUCUCCCCUACUGUUCCAUGCAGCUAACACAAAAACAAUCUAUUUACUCUGAUAGUUUUUUUCCUUUGCUUUGUUUUACUCCAAUAAUAAAUGAGCAAGAUGAGACAAAGAAAGACUCCACAGCAGUUCAGAACGGGAAAGGAGAGGAGGAGAAGCAGACCACGGAGGAGCUGGAGAAAGGGAUGAAGGCUUUGUCUACCAAUGACACUUCUACACCCCCCUCCACCACCCCUGCUGCCCCACCCGCUAAACCGCCCAGCAACACCCCUGAGGGAUCCCCCUCCAAGUCCCCCUCGAAGAAGAAAAAGAAGUUCAAGGCCCCCUCGUUCCUAAAGAAGAGCAAGAAGAAAGAGCAGAAAGAGAAAGCUGAAACUUGAGGGGACAUGUAAAAUGAUUCUGACACGCACCCUCCACUUCUAGCCAUAUACGCGGAGGCAAACACACUAACACGCACUCAAGUCUCCUGUAUGUAUAGCUCAGUCACUCAUCACGUCUAGAAGUAAUUCUAAUUCUUCUUUUGGGGGGGGGGGGCAAUAUUGUUUCUGUACAACUCUCAAAUGAUCUUGAAACAAUCCACAAUCAUUCUAAAUGAAAUAGAAUCAACAACACCACCUGAAUUAUGCACUCCCUAUUUAUUAUAAGAAGUAACACACUUGACAUGUGUGUAUAUAAACCAAUGUUGCAUUGAAGUAUCCUCAUAGGCACCCCCCUGGCCUGGUCAUGUUUAUUCGUUUUUAAUAGUCAGACGAAGGUGACAGGUAUGUACAUACGAGCACAGGUGCAGUACAUGUAGAAUUAUGCAGGUAUAAUAACGUGCUCUUUUUUUUUUUUUUUGCAGAAGUCUUGUUCCAAUUAAACUAACUAUUCAAGUCAUAGACAGCAGGGACAAAUAAGAAAAUAAAUGCACAAAAAAAAUAAAGUCCCCAACAUUAAGCUGACAGCUAUAAAUGCCACUAAUACCAAGCAAGGAUAUGAUCUAAGUAUUGUGGAAGAAACGUGUUGCUUGAUGUUGCAAACUGAAGCCGAACUAAAAGGUACUAAACAUUCCACUCUUCCCCAAAAAUUUUCUUUGAAAUAUGUGUACAAAAUACCUCUACAACUGUAAUUAUUUUUAUGAUCAGUAGCUGUUAUCAAAAUGCUGAUGUGUGAUAUUUGUUGUUUUUGAAUGUAUUAUUUCGUAUUAGAAUGUAAAGUGAAAAGUUGCAAGGUUAAAAUGUACCAGUCAUUAAAGAUCAAAGUUGAUUUCAAUCCA